AUGUGCUACCAGAGUGGAACACUUAACCCAGCAGAAACAGUUGAAAUUAAACGCUUUGUUCAAAACCAACAUCAGUUAAAGAAUCAGGACAGCAAAACUUCUCCACACUGUGGUACGUCAUCAAGUGGUAAUAUUAAACACUACGUGAAUUGGUUUAAUCAGUUGACCGUUAUGGUCGCUUCUGAGAUUUUACGGCACUCCAAAAAGCAACAUCGUGUUCAAGUUAUCGAAUAUUUUAUUGACGUAGCCAAAGAGUGCAUCAACGUCGGUAAUUUCAACUCGUUGAUGGCGAUUGUCGCUGGCCUUUCUUUGCCCCCAGUUGUCAGACUGAAGAAAACGGUCAGUUGA